CUCAAAUCAGAGCAAAUAAGAUGUUUUAAAGUUCUAGCAGUAAACUUUGGAAGGUUGGUGCAAGUGAGACGUUGGGGGAAAGUAAGAGUGUUUUGUGUUUGUGUUUUCGAUCGGCUGGUUGUAGUACUGGGUCUGUUGCUUUGGCAAGAAGUAUUUCAUGGUUUUAGAAAUCAGAAAAAAGAAAUAACAGAACGCAAACAUUUUUUCGAGUAAUUACUUUUAACGACGCUGUUAUUACUGUUAUCUUGCUAAGCUGUGAGGAGGACAAGUCUCCCAUGGAACAAUGGAAUGGGUGCAAUGCCUCCUGAGCGACGAAUUAAUCUGUCUGUACUAAAGAGACAAGGUAGUGGGUCCAGUGUAAAAUCGAACAGAGGUUGCGAUAAAGUUCAAUCUCAUGUAGAGAAGAUACCGUCAAAGCAAUAUGUUGCCACUGAAUUUUCCACAAACCAGAUAUCAGAAGAUACAGCUCAGCAAGUCACAGUUGAAAGGAGUAAUUGUUCAAAAAGCGAUGUUACAAAGGAAAGGGCAUCUGGAGACGCUUCUCAAGCAAUGAAGUGUUUGGAAGAUGACUCUUAUGAUGUUCCUUGUGAGCAGUUGGCCAAGUCACUGCUAGGAAAAAUUCUGGUCAGGAGGCUGGAUAGUGGGCAUGUUCUUAAAGGUCGAAUUGUUGAGACAGAAUGCUAUUUAGGGGAAUAUGAUAAGGCGUCCCACUCCUUCAAAGGUAGAAUGACUGAGAGGAAUGCACCCAUGUUUAUGAAGCCUGGAACAGCUUACGUCUAUUUAACAUAUGGAAUGUACCACUGCUUCAACAUAUCAAGUAGAGGCCCAGGGGCUGCCGUCCUCAUCCGGGCGUUGGAGCCGGUCGAGGGCAUGGACCUGAUGGCGGACCUGCGUGCCCGCGGGGUCAAGAAGAAGAAGCCAGCGAGCGGCGAGGGGGAGGAGGGGGGCAGCAGGAAGGCAAAGAGCAAGAACUUCAAGCCGCACGAGCUGUGCAGCGGACCGGCCAAGCUGUGCAUCGCCAUGGCCAUCGACAAGGACUCGUGCAACAAGAAAGACCUCACCACCUGGCCAGGGCUCUCCGUGGUGCACGCCGAGGGCGCCGGGGAGGGGGAGCCACCGCCGCCGGUGGUGGUCACCAAGAGGGUGGGCAUCGAGUCGGCGGGGCGCGAGUGGGCCGACAAACCGCUGCGCUUCUACCUCCUGGGGAACGCGUCCGUGAGCAAGAGGGACCGCGAGAAGGAGAGGGACCUCAUGGGCAGGCCAUGAGAAAGGGGAGCCUACACAACCGCAGAUUCUUUGAAAAAUUAAACAGUGCAGAAAAAGCGCAAACAGUAAGCCAAUCCUUGAGCCCCCCCCCCCCUUUCUCCCCCGACUGCUUUCAGUACUCAAUCGCUCAUCAAUGAUUCACGUCCGCAGUGUACGGAGCAGGAGCACGGCGCAGAAUCAAACUCUCUGGAGAAUCUGCAUUGUUUGGCAUUUGGCAGCGGUGUUUGUCCGGUUAAUAUUACAGGAGUAGCACCCACCCCCACCCCCUCGCUUCUUUUGUCCCCUCUACCCGUUAACGGAAGAGAAUCGUCUGUCGCUAUGUCGGAGCGGGACGCCGCGACGUCGCCGGGCAUCCAGUUAAAGUAGCACCAGAAACGAUAACGGGGAGAACGACAUGGGGGUGGUGAAACAGGAUACCCGGUGGUGUUGCUGGCCCCAUGUGUCUUGCGAGAAAUAAAAGCAUCCGAUUCCUU